AUGGCUGAAUGGCGCAUGCUUGCGCUGCCACCUGUGCUGCUUGCGCCCUCCGUGGUGCCAAAUGCCAUCACGCGCGCGGGGUUCUACGACUUGACGCAGGGUUCGAUCCUGGGCUACUUCCCCCGCGCCCUGGAGCAGCUUGCGAAGCUUCUCCCUGCGCUGCUCGCGCUGCCAUGGGAGCAGCGGGAGGUGGUUGUCAUGGGGCGCCGCGUGCAGCAGCCGCGGCAGAUAUGCUACUUUGCAGACUCCCCGACGCUCACCUACACAUAUUCGGGCCUCACCCUGUCGCCGCUGCCCUGGGGAUCUGGUGCCGUGGCGCAGAUAAAGGAGGCAGUUGAGCGCCUGGUGGCAUCAGAGAGUGCGGCCGCCGGCCUGCCCGGCGCUGGCAACCCCAGCAGCGGUGCCAGCGCUUCAGAUUGCGCAGGCAGCCAAGGCACGGACGCGGGGUUCAGCGACGACAACGGCGGCGGCGGCGGCGGCGGCGAGGGCGCGAGCAGCAGUGGCGGCGGCGCCUUCAAUUCGUGCCUUUUGAAUUUGUAUGAGGACGGGUCCCGCUAUGUUGGGUGGCACCGGGACGAUGAUAAGGUGUUUGGCAGUGAACCAGAGAUUGUGUCUGUCUCAUUUGGGGCGACGCGCGACUUCCACCUGCGCGAGGCUGCAGCGGGCGGCGGCGCCGCGCGCCGCCGGCUGUGCGUGCGCCUGUCGCCCGGGGACGUGCUGGUCAUGCGCGGCGCGCUGCAGCGGCGCUGGCAGCAUGCGUUGCCGAAACGGGCGGGUGUGGAUGGGCCCCGCGUGUCGCUCACGUUUCGCAGGAUCGUGGCCCCUGAGGCUGCGCGGUGA